CGCAGUGGUGGUACUGGUUGUGUACGUCUGAACAUUUUCGAACUUCAUGUGAAAAUCAACGCUUAUGAUGUGAUUAAUUUGUGUGGUUUUUUUCCCUUCUUCUCAAAAGCGACAGAAUGGAAACAUUUUGUGGAUCUAGUGUUGUCAACCCGUCGAAAUUUAGGCCGAGUUUGUCUAAUAAUUUUUUUCAUAAUGUUCCAAGCUGUCCGCCAAGGAACUACCGACAAAAUGGGAGUGAGUAUGCGUUACCAAAUAGCACUAGAAGACCAACACCAUCUCUUACCAACGCCCAUACGUCGGCGGGAGCAGUAUAUUGGCAAAGUCAUAACCCAAGAUCAGUUCGUUCCUGCAUUAGUAUUGGCAAUGAUUAUAAUAAAGCAUCGAAAGGAAAAAUAUGUACGAUUGCCUUGGCUAUAGCAUCGUUCCUAGUACUAAUUGCAGUUUUAGCUAUAGCUGGAAUGGCUUUGUACAUGGGUACUUUACAUCCUGCUGAAUCAACGAGUGGCUUGAUUACUUUUAGCUGUAGUGCUAAAGUACUCAGGGGUGAUAGAUUUGUAGGUAGUUUACAAGAAAAAGCCGCCAGGUACAAAAGACAGCUAGAGGCGUUAUACCAAAGGAGUACUUUAGGACCAGCUCUUGUGUCUUGCACGUUAGAUAGCUUCGGAAACGACACAUUAACAUUUUAUUUUAAAGUAAUUUUAAACAAACGAAAGCUUACUAAAAGUCCUUCAAGCGUAGAAAAAAAUAUUAAAGAUAUAUUGUUAAGUGAUGCCAUAUCACGUAAACCAGUAUUCCGAAACAUCAGGUUUGAUCCACGCAGCGUUUACGUUCGACAAACUCUGGAGACAGAAAAAUUACACACUUCGCCAGUUUUAAAACCGAAGGAGAAUUUCAAAACAAUUAAAAGCGGAGUCGUUUUAAAAACACAUAAUUACAAUAUUUCGCACCUCCCAGUUCCACCGACAAGAAAAUUACCUGUUAAAGAAGAUACGAGUAUCAAAGAAGCGGAGGACACCGACGAUGUUGGAGAUUUACCGGUGAUUCAAGGUUCCUUUAAAAUUAGCAAGACUGAGGCGGACAUAACAGAAAAGAAAUCAGAAACAACAACUGCGAAACCUUACACUAAAAUCAGUCAAAGUCCAACCAAAAAAACAACAUUUAAGGAGUCGUCUGUAACGAGUGCCCUGUAUAAAAUUGCAGCGGUAGAAAAAGUGACAAAAACCCCAACUACCACUCCUAAAAUAAUUCCUACAUCUAGUCUGACUACUAAGACAAUAACGACACCUUCAACAACAGUGAUGAGUACCACUAGCACUACUCCUAGUGCAACCAAAGAACCCAGUGUCACUAAAUUAACUCCCACAGAAGAUAAUAAGUUUAUAAUUAACCCCCAUAUGUUUGACGAUGAGCCUUGGAUACCAAUUUUAUCUGGACCUACUGUUACAGUUCAAUCUGAAAUAACUUUGCCACCACUACCAUCCACGAUCGCUGAUCGAAGCAGCAUGAUGCAACGGCCAUUUUAUACCAGCUUUACUAAUCCAGGUUUGUCAUUUCACUUCGCCGAUAAAGAAACCUUGGGCUCCUCGAGUUUAAAAAGUCACCCAAUUCCCGUUAAUAAGCUACCACAAUUAACUGAGCCUUCGUUGUAUUUCCAAACGAAUACUGAAAAUAUAGAGAAAAUUCCUUCGUCAAACUUCCACGAAGUGACUGAAAAACAAUCAGAUUUCAUUGAAGUGGAAACCGUUAAAUAUAUGCCGGAAACAGAAGAGCUAAAAAAAGAGCAGAUGUUGAAGAACCUUUCAUCAAUAUUCCACACUUUAGCCUCAUCUUUGGAUUCAGACAACGUCAAUUUGAGUAAUGUAUACGAAAAUACGGAAAAACCACAGGAAAAUUUCUCAAAUAACCCAGACAACGAAGGAAGCUUCGGACAAGGACAAGUAGAAGUUGUGGUGGAAACUGACGUUGAUGAUUUGAUGCUGCAAACAACGAAAUUACCUUUGGUAACGCUUCUUCCAGCAAAAUCGAACUCUGGAGUUGGCAGACCACUAAGACGACGACCGUACAAACCAGGAGAAGUUAAUAACCUUUCCAUUGAAAAUCGAAGUUUCCCCGAUCAUUUUGUUAAAAUACAAUCCGAUGAAGAGGAAAUGAAAAAAGUCGACAAUCUUAAAUUAGAAGACUUUAAAAUUAUAGGUGUACUAAAUUUCGCCACAGACAGCACUUUAGAAGGUGAUGAUAAACAUCAGGAUAUAGUGAGGUACCCGAAAAUGGACGUUAACAUUGACAACAACACUGAGAUAUCAGUAUUUGCUGUUAACUCCACCGUUUCCAGCAGUAGAAGUGAAAAUAAAACGAAUUUCAAUAAGCUAACUCCUGAAAAGCUGAAGCACCUGGCAGAAAUCAGCAAAGUACAUGACAACAACACGGUUUUUGAAACAGAACCCUUAAUAUCGAACAAAGCCAUAUCUUCCAGCUACACCAUUAACCACUCGGGGUUUAAAGUAUUAACUAAGACUCUGAAUAAAAUUAAUGGCUUUAAAAAAGAAGAUGUGACUAACUCUUACAGCAAAGUGGGCUUCAAAAUACAAAACGACAAAUCAGAAUGUGGCAACUUUACAAUAAGAUGUGGUGAUGGCAAAUGUUUGCCAGAGACCACCAAAUGUAAUCAACUAAUAGACUGUGUUGACGGUAAAGACGAAGAAGACUGUAAUUGCGCAGAUUACCUACGAUCUCAGUAUUUGAUACGAAAAAUUUGUGAUGGAGUUGUUGACUGUUGGGAUUACUCAGACGAAAAUCAGUGUGAGUGGUGCCUUCCAAAUCAGUAUGUGUGCAGUAACUCAAAAGUGUGCAUCGACAAAACAAAAAUAUGUGACGGAUUCAGAGAUUGUCCUCAAGGAGAUGAUGAGCGUCAGUGUGUUACAAUAGCAGCAAACGUAAAAGCUGCCGAUGAGUUUCCAUAUUACUCUGAAGGGUAUUUAAUGGUCCGAAAGUAUGGGGUGUGGGGAAAGUUGUGCAUCGAUAACUUUGAGAACGUCGUAUCGAAAUCGCAUAUUUCUUGGGAAAUAUCUGAUCUCGGAAAAUCUGUCUGUAAAUCAAUGACUUACCAGAAUUUAGAAACCAUUAAAGCCCACAUAGGAACCAACGAUUCUGAGUCCUCUCCAUAUUAUGAAUUAUCUUACUCCUUCCAAAACGAAACCAAAUCUAGUUUAUCCUUUAAAGAAACCUCUUGCAAAAACCGUAAAACAGUAAAAGUCAAAUGCCAAACGUUAGAAUGUGGUGCAAGACCCCAAAUAAUGAAACACAUAGCUAGACGGGAUUACAGAGUCGUUGGCGGAGGAAAUGCAGGUUUGGGAGCGUGGCCUUGGCAAGCUGCCUUGUACAAAGAGGGAGAAUUUCAAUGUGGAGCCACAUUACUCUCCGAUAAAUGGCUUGUUUCGGCUGGGCAUUGCUUUUAUCAUUCUCAAGAUGAGCACUGGGUGGCGAGAUUGGGUGCACUUAGAAGAGGUACGACGCUUCCAUCGCCUUACGAGCAACUCCGGGCAAUAGUUAAAAUAAUAGUACACCCAGGAUAUGUGGAUUCUGGUUUUAUUAAUGACAUAUCGCUUUUACAAAUGGAAUUUCCUGUAGUUUAUAGUGAUUAUGUUCGACCUAUAUGUUUACCAGCACCUAAUGAGGCCCCCAUGGAUGGCAGAUUAUGUACUAUUGUCGGUUGGGGUCAAUUAUUCGAAGUUGGACGCAUUUUUCCUGAUACUCUUCAAGAGGUCCAAGUUCCUAUAAUAUCUACAGCUGAAUGUAGAAAAAGGACAGUGUUCCUACCACUGUAUAAAAUUACAGAAGACAUGUUUUGUGCUGGAUAUGAAAGGGGUGGCAGGGAUGCUUGUUUGGGAGACUCUGGGGGACCUUUAAUGUGUCCUGAGCCAAAUGGAAGAUGGAUUUUGCAGGGUAUUACUAGCAAUGGUUACGGAUGUGCAAGGGCGAAUAGGCCUGGGGUUUAUACAAAAGUAGCAAACUAUGUUAACUGGAUCAAUUCCCAUUUGGUGCAGGAUUAUAAGUCUGAAAAUGUCACGGGAAAUAAAUCUAAGAAUGUAUGUGCGGGACAUCGAUGUCCUUUAGGAGAAUGUCUACCUGACAGUCAUUUAUGUAAUGGAUAUAUAGAAUGUAGUGAUGGAAGUGAUGAAAAAAAUUGUUGAUUAAUAUAUCAAGUGUGAUAUCAAAAUUUGUACUUACUGUAUAUAAAAAGCAUUAUUAUGUGCCUUGA